AUGGCAACAGAGGACAGGGAGAUGAUGGAGGCUCGGGGGGCAGGAGAAAGCUGCCCAACCUUCCCCAAGAUGGUGCCUGGGGAAUCCAUGUCUGAAGGGAAGCCCAGGGCUUCUUUGGAGGCACAGUCCCCGAAGCCAGAUUCCUCCUAUGACUACUUGGAGGAGACGGAAACUUGUGAGGACGGACGAGGCUACCCAGGGCCACCUAAGUCGCUGUCCCCCAAGACCGGCCCCGCCACCAAGGGCCAGGCAGGCGAUGGACCCGAACCCCCAGAGGGGCUUCUGGCCGCGGGGACGGAGCACAACGCCAACGCCACCGCCACCGAGAUGGAGCUGGAGAAGAUGCGCAUGGAGUUCGAGCUCACGCGGCUCAAGUACCUGCACGAGGAGAACGAGCGGCAGCGGCAGCACGAGGAGGUGAUGGAGCAGCUGCAGCAGCAGGCAUCGCCCCCACGGGCGUCACCCCUGUUCUCGGGAGGCUUCCAGGACCUCAUGCUGCCCCAGAACCAGUUUGCCAUGUUCCUGUGCUGUUUCAUCUUUAUUCACAUAAUCUAUGUCACCAAGGAGACGGUCUUCUUUCUCUUCUCCAAGCACUACCUGUUCUGUAUUGCAGCCAUUUUGCUCUGUUUGAUUAAAACUUUCUGGUCAUACUUCCAAGUAAUAAGUGAUUGA